AUGUACUAUGGACAACAACAACAACAACAACAAACAACACAACAACAAAAUGUGAAUAAUAUAACUCAACCUAUCAAUGUUUGUUUAGAUCAAGAAUCUAUAUUGUCAAAGACAAGACCACUCACUCCUCACGAAAGACAGACUAUAGAGAGAUUGACAGCAAUACCCAACAAAGAUGCUGUCAAUUGUUUCGAGUUCUUUAAUCUAUCAUCACUCUGUCAGCAAAAGACUGUUGCUGCUGCAUAUAAGCGUCUCAGAUUCCUAUUACAUCCUGAUCGUUCAGGACUUGCCUCUCAUGAUAGUUUUAUUCUACUUCAACAUUUAUAUUCUAAAAUAGAUACAGAAGAUAAAAAAAGACAACACACAGAGUUGGUUAAUCAUCAAUUUCCUUGUCCUAAAUGUUUAAAGUCUUGCUUUAUAGCAGUCGAUAAGAUUAAACCAUUCUUGGAUACGAAUCAAAUGGCAUCGUGUCACAAUUUGCCGCCUGUACAGCAGCAGCAACAACAUCAUCAUCACCAACCUCUUCCACCCUACAACCACCACAACUCUUCACAGUUUGUAGCGCAACCCAAGGUGUCCAAGGCUGCUGCUAAAUCAUCGGCCGCCAAGUUAAAGCAACAACAGCAGGAGGAGUUGUUGAAUAGACAAAAACAAGAGUUGCUGCGCCAACAAGAGUUGUUUAGACAGCAAGAGUAUAUCAAGCUACAGCAAGCCGAAGAACUCAGGUCGCGUCAGAUGCAGGAGCAACACAUCAAACAGAUGCAACAUCAAGCUGCUGCCCAGCGACUCAAGGAUCAGCAACAGGCUGCUGCUGCUCAGCGACUCAAAGAACAACAGGCACAGCAACAACAGCAAGAAGCACUCAAACUAGCUGCUCAGAGAGCCAGAGAGAAACAACAGCAAGAAAUGGCACAGGCACAAGCACUGGCUGCAAAAAAACUUAAAGAACAACAGCUACAGCAACAACAACAACAACAACAACAGAUUCAUCAAAACAAGUCCUAUCAAUAUAAACCUCAAUUUCCUGGCAAGGAUCCGACUGAACCAGUCGCUGUACAAAGAAAAACAACUACUACUCCCAUCUUGGCUGCAUUACAUCCUAAUCCAAACAAUAUUCCAACUGCAAGCAAUGUUCAUGUUCCUUUAAAUCCAAAUCAACAAAAAGAGCAGCAACAAAGGGAACAACAACAAAAAGAGCAACAACAAAAGGAACAACAACUAAAAGAAUUUGAAAGAAUGGAAAAAGAGAAAAGAGAACAAUUAGAAAAAGAACAAGCUAAAAAGGAUGAAGAGGAAAGAAAGGAAAGAGAAAAGGCACACAAUGAAACUCUUAAAAGUUAUAUAGAGGAAAAAAGACAACAAUUGGAACGACAACUACUAAGGGAACAACAACAACAACAAUUAAAAGAACAACAAUUAAAGGAGCAACAAUUAAAGGAACAACAGGCAGCAGCAGCAGCAGAAGCAGCCCAAAAACUUAAAGAACAACAACAACAACCACCUCAACAACAACAAUCAAAACAAGAACCAAAACAGUCAGUCAACACUGAAAAACAAGAUCAAAACUCAUUUAUGAAUAAUAUACCCAAACCUAUCAAUCAUCCAUCUGCAGCAUCAACAUUUAGUCACCCUGAUCCUGAACCAUUGACAGAAGAACAAAAAUUGGAAAAAGAAUUGUCUGACAUUAGAAAGAGAAAUUGGGCAAGAAUCAAAGAAGCAUGGGAUGAAUUUAAUGAAUUGGGAAGAAAGAAAUUAUUGUCACAAAAGUUGGAUAAAAAACCUACCAUCAUAUUGGCAUUGAUGCCACCUCUACUUAAAAGGAAAAAGGAUACUCCUACUUCUACCUCUUCCGCAUCAUCAUCUUCUUCUUCGACAUCUGCUACUCCUUCUUCUUCUUCUUCUUCUUCUGGCAACUCUACCGACGAUCAAGCGGAAAGAGAAAGAAAAAGAAGAAAAACAAAAAGAAAGAGAUGUUGA